UGUCACGGCUAGCUGCCUCUGGAUGUUGACACUUGAUGAAGUUCUCAGGGUUCCGUUUGAGGAGAGAAUGAUGGAUCUGAAACAACCAGGCAAACACUCGCCAGACUUUAAAUCAACUCAGCAGGCGAGUAGGAAAAUGUUUUAAAAGCUUCUCCCACCGAUGACAACAGAUCGUUUGUUCUUCUACAUUUAUGCAUAAUUUUGAGAUGCCUGGUGACUGUGUGCUUAAAAGUGCGCGCGUCUCCGUUGCGCACCACGCGUGCUUCGCUUACAAUCCUCAUCCUCAUCUUCGUCUUCAUCGGAUCUAGAGCUGAGCAGCAGCAGCAGCUGCAACAACAGAAGAUCAGCCUGUCAAAGCAUCUGAAAAUGGCUGAGCUCCGUCCCACCCGGAGGAGCUCUAGUCCGCCUCUGAUGGGAUUAAUGUGCGUUGUUUUGCUCGUAUUCGUCUCCAUAGCCUCCGCGAGUCAUGGUGUUGUUUCUAGAGACAACGAGACGUUGAGCAGUCCAUCCGGAGAAACACAGGAGGACCCCCAUCAUCAAACUAACUCCACUGCCCACAAGAAGGCUUUCCCCGUCCUCUCCUUCAACUACGACCACGUCAGGAAACCCUUUGAGAUCUCUCUGUGGAUCCUCCUGGCCCUGCUCAUGAAACUUGGUUUUCACAUUAUUCCCAGAGUGUCACACGUUGUCCCAGAGAGCUGUCUGCUGAUUGGCGUUGGCCUGCUUGUGGGUGGCAUCAUCAAAGCCAUCGGAGAGGAAGCCCCUGUUCUUGACACUAAGCUCUUCUUUCUCUACUUGCUGCCUCCCAUCAUCCUCGAUGCUGGCUACUUCCUGCCCAUGCGGCCCUUCACAGAGAACAUGGGCACCAUCCUGGUGUUCGCAGUGGUGGGGACUCUGUGGAACGCCUUCUUCAUCGGCGGCAUGAUAUACGGCGUGUGUCGGAUUGAGGGAAACCAGCUGGCCAGCGUGGACCUGCUGUCCUGCCUGCUGUUUGGCUCCAUCGUCUCAGCUGUAGACCCUGUGGCCGUCCUGGCUGUGUUCGAGGAGAUCCACAUCAACGAGCUGCUGCACAUCCUCGUGUUCGGGGAAUCGCUGCUUAACGACGCUGUCACUGUGGUUCUGUAUCACCUUUUCGAGGAGUUCUCUCACGCUGGAACUGUGACCGUGACCGACGCCGUCCUCGGUGUUGUCUGUUUCUUUGUGGUUUCACUGGGAGGCGUGAUGGUGGGAGCCUUCUACGGCCUUCUGGGUGCCUUUACCUCCCGCUUCACCUCGCACACCCGAGUCAUCGAGCCACUGUUUGUUUUCCUCUACAGCUACAUGGCUUACCUCUCCGCAGAGGUCUUCCACCUGUCGGGCAUCAUGUCGUUGAUAGCAUGUGGCGUGAUGAUGCGUCCGUACGUGGAGGCCAACAUCUCCCACAAGUCGUACACCACGAUUAAAUAUUUCCUAAAGAUGUGGAGCAGCGUGAGCGAGACGCUCAUCUUUAUCUUCCUCGGUGUUUCCACGGUGGCCGGUCCUCAUGCCUGGAACUGGACCUUUGUCAUUGUCACUGUGGUCCUCUGUCUGGUGUCCAGAGUGCUGGGAGUCAUUGGCCUCACAUUCAUCAUCAAUAAAUUCCGUAUUGUGAAGCUGACCAAAAAAGACCAGUUCAUUGUGGCCUAUGGUGGCCUACGAGGGGCCAUCGCCUUCUCACUGGGCUUCCUGCUGACCAAUAGUGAGAUGAAGCACAUGUUCCUCACCGCCAUCAUCACAGUCAUCUUUUUCACUGUCUUUGUGCAGGGGAUGACAAUCAGGCCUCUGGUGGAGCUUCUGGCUGUGAAGAGGAAGAAAGAGAGCAAAGGAUCAAUUAAUGAGGAGAUUCACACACAGUUUCUGGAUCAUCUCCUCACAGGGAUUGAAGACAUCUGUGGUCAUUAUGGGCAUCAUCACUGGAAAGACAAGCUGAACCGCUUUAAUAAAGCCUAUGUGAAGAAGUGGCUGAUUGCAGGCGAGCGCUCCACCGAGCCUCAGCUCAUCUCCUUCUACAACAAGAUGGAGAUGAAACAGGCCAUGAUGCUGGUGGAGAGCGGGAGCACUGCCAAGCUGCCCUCACUUAUAUCGUCCGUCUCCAUGCAGAACAUGCAACCAAGAGGUCCGGCCAGACGACGGGCAAUGCCGACCAUCUCAAAAAGUCGUGAGCAAGAGAUCAGAAAGAUCCUGCGAGCCAACCUGCAGAAGACCAGACAGAGGCUUCGUUCAUACAGCCGUCACGACCUGAUGAUCGACCCAUUUGAGGACAAUGUGAGUGAAGUCCGGUUCAGGAAGCAGCGAGUGGAGAUGGAGAGGAGGAUGAGUCACUACCUCACAGUUCCUGCAAACCGCCAGGAAACACCGCCAGUGAAAAAAGUCUGCUUUGAACCAGAACACCAGGUUUACACCUAUGAUGAUAGCGAGAGCUCCAGAGGCCAGAGAGCUCAGACAGAUCCAAACCCUCCUGACGACGUCAGCCUGGUGAACGAAUCCCCCCAGAGGCCCAAUCAGAGCAGCGAACAGAGAGCCAAUGUGCCGGACGAGCAGGAAGAGCAACAGAAACUAUCACGCUGCCUUAGUGACCCCGGUCCAAACAAGGAGGAGGACCUCUCAUGAUGAAGCACAUAUUAACAGGAUGAAUUCACCUCUCCAUGAUCUCGUUUCAUUUGUUGUAUUCAACGAGUGGAGUUCCCAGAGUGAAUGGAAGUUGUAGCAAAGCUUUAUAUUUAUUAAGUAUUAAGUAUUUUCCAUGUCCUGUUUUUGUGAUAUGAGAAUAUGCCUUUUUCCACAAGUUCACAAGUAUUUUCAGCAUGUAACAUGUUUCCAAAGCAUGCACCACUGGACAUUUUCUAUUUCAGGAUUUUAUUACAGCCUGAAGUGAGCCGAGUGUCAGCAUUUAGUGUCUUAACAAGCAAACUUGCGUUGAAUUGUACAAAAAAAGCACUUGUUUUAGCAAGCUUGAAGCACCAGAUGGGUGAAGUUUACCACCUCAAAGCACAGUAUAAAGAAUCUAUAAAGCAGUGAGCGACCGAUAAAUCAUCUCAUCUGAUAUUAUGGAUGUUACCAUUGUUGCAGGUAUAUCAGGGUUGGCACAUACAUCGGCAAAUGAAGAGUAGUAAAUUGCUGCACAAAAAUACCAAAGAAAUAUUUGAGGUGAUUUAGAAACAAUGUCCCCAUGUGUGAAGUUUGUUAUUAGCAAUGCUAGCAGCAUGGCUCGAUAGGCCCAGACACAGCAAACAGACAUCAAAGAGCUAGUGGUGAUGAGGGUUGACAGUUGCGUCGCCUCACCUCGCAUGUGUCUCGGCCAAAAAGUUGCACUUAGACACAACUGCCAACUAGUGACCAACGAUUGUCUGUGUGAGAGGAAAUAACUCUCCAUGGUAGCAGGAAGCGGUAGUCUGCUAGUUAGCCUGUUAGCACAUUAACAACACAAUCUGUUAUUGAAAGAAUUCAAUAAUUCAUUCUCUGACUUCUCCUCCAGUGCCACCAUGAGGUUGAAAGUUGGGGGUUUUGGGUGAAAUUUCUCAACAACUAUUGAAUGGAAUGCCAUGAAAUUGUUAAAAAAAAAAAAAAGGUAAACUAUGCAGAACUGUCACUGUUUGUAAACACGUUUGUCAGUGAAAGAGACAGUAAAACUUAGGUUUGGGAGGUAUCACAGUAUUACAGAAUACCAGGGUAUUUAAAAAUCCUCACGGUAUCAUCUUUGAUACCACCAAAGGUACAGGCGCUCCUCUUUCUGUUAGACUCACUGUAUGUAGUGCGCAGCGGGUGCCACCAGAGGUCUCCAGUCUCAACUGCUGGAAAAGGCAGCUGGAGGAGGUGAGGUUAACGUUACAGGACUUUUUUUUAAGUGCACGCCAACACCGUCAUAUAUCGCAUUUAAGGAGGGUAUGAAGGUAUCAAAAAUAAGAUACGGCCCAUGCCUACUAAAAGCCAAUUCCCGGACUCACUCUUGUUUAGCAUUUUGUCUUGUUGUAUUGGUAUUCUUUCUGCGCUGUGUAUCUUAGAUGCCUGCUGCUUACAGUCUAGCAGCUGGUCACUACCUUUGUACAAAGCUCUGACCUCACCUAAGCCCUGUGGGAGUACACACCUAUAAGCAUCACAUACAUGGAGAAUAAGAAGAAAAUACAGCGGAGUUUCUACGGAAAAAUACACUGCCACACACCUAUACUGAGUCAUGAAUUGAGAUUGACAGGGAUGAUUAAUUCUGUAUAAGUCUAUACAUUGUUUUCUAGAAAAAAUCCUGCACAAUAUAUCUUUAAAUUGAGCUAUAUACUAGUCAGUAUUAGAAAAUACAAGAGAGAAUUACUGUUAAAGGUGUCCUGGUGAAAUAGAGAGUACAUAUCUAGUGAUAUAGGAAUGUUAAAAUAACUUAAAAGUCAAGAAUAAACCACAACAAAUAUUGUUUGACCGAGGUCUGUGAACAAGCUUGUAUUUAACCUCUCUGCAUGACUGAUCUGUUUUCUCAGGGACGACAACAUGGCACAGUAUUAACAGAAGCUCUCUGCAAAAGGAAAAUAAGUAUUAAUGUGCUCCAUUGGUCUCUGUUUAUAAUGUGACUGUUUUGUAUGCUACUGUGUUUUUGAUUGCGUCAGUAACAUUCCAGCAGUAAUCGAGUUUAACAGCUUUUUGUAACAAAGCUCUCCAUAUCUGUGUUCUUGGUAACUGAACAUGCUUGAAAUUAAUACUUCACUUCCCAAAUGAUCAUUUGUAUAUCAGUUACUCACCCUGUGUUAUAUUGACUUUGUGAAGAAAACUUUGUUUUUCUUGCAUGCCUCCAGAGAAAGAAUCCCAAAACUGAGAAAAUUCUUGAUGAAUUGAAGUCGUCUGUGUUUAACAACAGCAAAACUAUAUCAACACAUCUGUUUACAAAAUCUGACACAACUCGUGCAGUAUAAUCCAAGUUUUAUUCAUCCAGUCAUAUGCUCAGUACAUCCCAAACAGACCUUUCCAAUGAGAAACUGAACUGAAAUUGAAACUUAUAUAUGCUCUCUCUCUCUAAGCCAGACUUCAUUGACAAAAACAGUAAUGUUAGCAUGCUGUACACGGGAGCUGCUGGUCUACCGCUGCCUCGAUCAGUUAAUUUGUGUUAUGGUGUGACUUAAGUGAAUCUGAAUUCACUUUUUAAAACACCAGAGACACAAAAUAGCAGUAAAGAUUAAAACAAGGCAGUGGCAGUGGUAGACCAGCACCUCCCAUGUUCAGCAAGGUAAAAUUCCCUGUUUUUUCAAUGGAGUCUGCCUUUAAGAGAAAAGUUUCACUUUCAGUUCAGUUCCCUGUCAGAGUGCCAUCGGUUUGGAAAGCACUGAGCAUACCACUAGAUAAAUGAGACUUGGAUUAUACUGCAUAACUUGUGUGAGUUUAUAAACAUUUGUUUUUAUAUAGUUUUGCUGUUGUUAAAUGCGGACGCCUAUGACUUCAAUUCAUCAAGAAUUUUCUGUUCUUGGAUUUGUUGUUCACCGUAGAGCCACGCAAGAAAAACAAAGAUUUACUCACAAAUUCAACGUAACACAGGAUGAGUAUUUGAUAUGCAAAUGGUCAUUUGGAGUGUGACCUAUUCCUUUCAAGAGGUUUCAAGAGUUGAAUCACCUUUUCAUAUCUGCACAGUACUGGACUGCCUGAGCUUCUGCUGCCUGCACAUUUGCCUUACAAUGUAUUGCUUUCUGUUUGUUUGCCUGGUGAAGUGUUUUUAUAUUUUGAAAAUGAAUCAUAAAUAUUUGUCAAAUAAAGGAAAGCUUUAAGUACUUUCUGAAAUAAAGAUGUCAUUGCCUAAAUUUGCUGUUAAUAUACA